AUGACACCAUUUGCAAUUGUUUAUGGACACCCUCCCCUUAGAAUGUUACCACAUGAACCAGGAUCAACACAAGUGCAGGCUGUGGAUGACGAACUGAAGAGCCGUGAUUUCAUCGCCACAUUGGUCCGAGAGAACCUACACGAAGCAAAAAAUAGAAUGAAGCACUAUGCGAACUUGAAACGAACAAAACGGAAAUUCGAAAUAGGCGACCGGGUGUAUCUAAGGCUGCGCCCUUACCGACAGAUGACCAUAGCAGCUCGACGUAAUCUCAAGCUCUCCCCCAGGUACUACGGGCCCUUCCAAAUCAUCAAUAAAAUCAGAAAAGUAGCGUAUCGGCUGAAUCUUCCAAGCGACGCCCAGAUCUAUCCUAUAUCGUGCCUCAAAAAGCAGCUCGGAGCAAAGGUACAGCCACUGCGUCAACUUCCUCAGCUUACUCCCGAAGGGACUCUAAGUCCUAAACCAGACCGAGUGCUUCAACAGAGAUUACUGAAAAAGGGGAGGCACGCAGGCGUUGAAGUGCUCAUACAGUGGAAGGGAGCCACCGCAGACGAAGCUACGUGGGAAGAUUUGGCCUUAUUAAGACAGUGA